AUGAGUGGUGGACGAGAAAGAGGUAGGGGUUGUGCAGGAGGUCGCGGCAGAGGCGGCGCAGCUCAGAGGAUAACUCGGGAUGAGAGAGGUAACAGGGGUCGUAGAUGUGGUAGAGGUAGUAGUGGAGGUCGAGGCAGGGCUGGAGGACAUAGUUUGUACAAGAUUAGUGAUGUUAAGGUUGACUUUCAGGAUGUGGCUUCGAAUGAAAGUGCAUUAAACGCGAUACAGAGUUACAAGAAGAAAUUUGCUACUGAGAUUGGCAAUGAUUCCUACAAGAUUCAAUUGAGACAUGAUUAUGGAAACCUUGGAGUAAGAACAGACGUUGGGACGAACUAUUUCAAGUACCAAGUGGCAGGUUUGAAGUUGUACAUGUACUUUGUAGAGAUCCAAGAGGAAAAAGAGGGUAAAGGUACUAAAGAAGGCAAGCCAAAAAGCAAGGGUCCAACACUUAAAAUUAAAGAUGCCGUAGACAACUACUUAUUCAACCUCGAACCAUUCAAGAGCAAGAGGUCUGAUAUUUAUUAUCGCGAUUUCAGCUCGAUGUAUUCCAAAGUGCCCUUACCGGUGGAGGAUGUUGUUGUUUACCCAUUUGCAGAAAAGUCGGUUUCAAUCAAAGUUCAGUAUGUCAAAAAGCUCAAGUUUGACGACAUGAUCAAGUAUUCAACAAUGCAGACAUAUACGAAAACUUUUCAGGAAGUGACUGAGUAUACUAAUGCCUUGAUUGCAGUGAUUGGGUCAAAAGUUUUGGAGAACAAGAGCGUUGUCAGCUUGGGAUCAAACAAGUUUUUCUUUUUUGACAAGAGUAUACCAAUAGAAGACUUUCAACAAGGAUUAAUUAUCACUUUGGGAACAUUUGUUUCGGUGAGGUGCUCAUUCAACAACAUCAAGCUCAACUUAAAUCCCACUCCAGCAAUAUUUUACAAAGCAUUCAAGCCUGAUGGUCAACCAAUGAAUGUAAUUGACUUGGUAAAGGAUUACCUAAGCACAAGUCAAACGCCAACAGAGUCAGAUUUCAAGAAAGUUCAAUUCUUUUUGAAAGGGGUCAAAAUUCAAAGAAACUAUCUCAAGAGGGGUUCUGCAAAAGCUGUACAAGGGUUGAAUUUCAAAGAUAAUGCGAACACCCACAAGUUCGAGGACUCCAAUGGAAAGGUGGUAACUGUGGAUAGCUAUUUUGCAGAUAGGUGGGGGGUCAAAUUGAAGUAUCCCACUCUACCUUUACUUAAAAUUGGCCCAUUUGCCUAUUUACCUAUGGAGGUCGCGUUCAUCAUUCCUCAUCAGCAAUACAAAGGGGAUGUCUGGGAUACCCGAACCAUCAUUAGAUUGACUGCAAUGAGACCGAUGGAUAAGGCCAAGUUUAUUACUCAGCAAAAAACCUCAACUUUUGGUGACAUUGAUUUCGGUAAGAUUGACACAAACUUCACCAAAAUUCCCUCUAGAGUCUUGCCAGCACCAGUGAUCGAGUACAAGAACAAAAAAAUUAAUUAUAAAGAGGAAGCGUUUAAUGGAUGGACGGAAAAAACAAAGGGUAAUUGGAAUCUUAAAAGUGCUCAGUUUGUUGAAACCCCCAAUACUAAGAGCAUCUACACUUUUGGCGUUGUGAUUUUAGAGAAUCAAUAUUCAGAAAGGAAAAAGGAUGAUUUAGGGGAGGCUUGCUCCAUCUUUUUUAGAGAGUUGAAUAGGCUAGGCAUUAAGAAUGCUGGCGAUAGGUUCAAAAAGUAUUCUGUUGCCUUGGAAUCAUCAAAUGUAAGAGAUGAACAGUUGCUUGAAGGAACGCUUACUGAUAUUUUGCAAACUGCUAAAUUGACAAACAAAUGUGAUUAUGUUAUUAUUGUAUUGCCAAAUAAAGAUACAAAGUACUACCGUGCCGUGAAGAGAGCGGCAGACUUGAAAGUUGGUUUGAACAAUAGUUGUGUCAUUUUAGACACAUUCACUAAGAAGAAAUUUGACAAGUUUGACAUGGCUUUGUUUGCACAGUUGGCAAUGAAGAUCAAUUUGAAAUUGGGUGGGUCUAACCAUCGUUUAUCUGUGGCCAGCAGUGCUGGUUUAUUUGACAAUAGAAAGGUUCCCGUUUUUAUUCUUGGAGCAGAUGUGACUCAUCCCACGGGCCAGCAAAAUGAAGACUCGGUCUCUAUUGCUUCUGUCGUUGGUAGUGAAGAUGGUAUUUUCAACAAAUUUCCGGGUUCAAUACGAGUUCAGGCUGGUGGUCGUGAAGUAAUUGCUGAUGUGAAAUCGAUGGUGUUUGAAAGAUUGGAGAAUUUCCAUAAGAAGGUCAAAGCAUUUCCUUCCAAAGUUUUAUUCUACCGUGAUGGCGUGUCUGAAAGUCAGUACUAUACCAUAUUGAAAGAGGAAUUGCCCAAGAUAAAGGCAGCUUUUGUAGAGUAUGGAAUACAGAAUAAUAUGCCCAACUACACCCCCAAGAUCACAUUUAUGAUUGUUGUUAAAAGACAUCACACUAGAUUCAUUCCUCUUGAACAGAAUGUUGUUGACUCUCUGACAAAGAGAAAGACAGCUGUCACGUCUAAUGAUAAUGUGAUUCCCGGAACCAUUGUUGAUCGUGAUAUUACUUCUAUUUCAUUCUUUGAUUUUUACAUUCAAUCACAACAAGCGUUACAAGGAACCGGUAUUCCAGCGCACUAUUACGUGUUACACGAUGAAAACAGCUACACCUCAGACGACAUUCAAAGAAUAACGUACAAUCUUUGUCAUACCUUUGGAAGAGCUACCAAAAGUGUAAAGGUAGUACUCGCGGCUUAUUAUGCGGAUCUUUUGUGUAAACGUGCAAGACACUAUGUUGGAUCAGCAACAAAAGAGAUGACCACCGGACCGGGACUUCUUGAUGACUUCAAAAAAAGGUUAGGCAAUAACGUCGCGGUAGGAGUUAGGAACACCAUGUUUUAUAUUUAG